CUGUCAUGACGUGGUCCGUCCGCCUGCCCGCUGCUGGUCGGCUCCUGGUGAUCGAGGCGGAGCGGCUGACUAGCAGCACAGCGGAUGGGUUAUUAGCUCUCCAGCCAGCCGAGCACCACACUUCACCUGGGCUACCGACUCUCUUGACGAUGAUGGCGAGGUGGUGACAUUGGGCCAGCCAGGCCGUGGGAUGAAUGCAGCUCGGCACAGAGAAAAGGCGGAGCAGAGCGAGUGAGAAAGAAGAAUGGGCAGAAGUGUCUGGGUCUGCUGGCAAGGCGUCUUCUCCACUGCACUGCUCUACGGCUGUCUGGCCCUUUUUACCUCCAUCCUCCACAAUGUGUUCCUGCUUUACUACGUGGAGACAUUUGUGUCUGUCUACAAGAUUGACAAGAUCUCCUUCUGGGUGGGGGAGACAGUGUUUCUCAUCUGGAACAGUCUGAAUGACCCUCUCUUUGGCUGGCUGAGUGACCGCGCCUUCCUCAGCUCUCCACAGGUGGGUUCCCAGAUCACGUCUCCAGAGGUGGUGCUGAAGCGUCUUCAGGCCCUGUCCAGGAAUGGCCCCCUCUUUGCUCUGUCCUUCCUGGCCUUCUGGGUGGCGUGGGCCAGACCGGGCCUGCAGUUCCUCCUGUGCCUGUGUUUGUACGAUGGCUUCCUCACCAUUGUGGACCUCAACCACAGCGCCCUGCUGGCCGACCUUGCCGUGUCCGCCAGUGACCGCACGCGCCUCAACUUCCACUGCUCAGUGUUCAGCGCCCUGGGCUCAAUCUCCGUCUUUCUGUCCUACUCCUUCUGGGACAAGGAGGACUUCUUCUCCUUCCGUCUGUUCUGCGUGACACUGGCGGCCUUUUCCACUUUGGGCUUUGUGUUAGUGUCCCAGCUGCUGCGCCGCCGUUUUGAGAGCGAGGUUCGGAUGAGACAAGACGAGGCGCUGAUCCUCAAAGAACUGAGUGUUGGCCAUGCUCCACUUACCCAGGCUGAAAAGCCUGUCACUAUAGGAGAAUAUCUCAGGCAGCUCUCCAAACACAGGAACUUCCUGUGGUUUGUCUCUAUGAACCUUGUUCAGGUGUUUCACUGCCACUUCAAUAACAACUUCUUCCCUCUUUUCCUGGAACAUCUCCUAUCUGACAGCAUAUCUGCCUCUACAGGUUCUAUCUUACUAGGAAUCUCUUACAUUGCUCCCCACGUCAACAAUUUGUAUUUCCUGACACUGUGCCAGCGAUACGGGGUUUACCAUGUUAUCCGCUGGCUGUUUAUGCUCAAACUGGGCCUUAGUGUGGCCAUGCUGCUUGCAGGGGCUGACCACAUAUAUCUGCUGUGCAUCUUCAUUGCUAGUAACCGGGUGUUUACAGAAGGGACCUGCAAGCUGCUGAAACUGGUCAUCUCCGACCUGGUGGACGAAGAUUUCGUGUUGAAUCGACGUCACCAGGCUGCCUCUGCCCUCCUCUUUGGGAUGGUCGCCUUGGUGACCAAACCUGGCCAGACAUUCGCCCCGCUCAUCGGCACCUGGCUGCUGUGUGUUUACGCAGGUUAUGAUAUUUUUGAGAGGGAACCCGUGAAAGACUCUUUGGUUGCAGUGCCUGCUGUUGCCUCUGGUGCAGGGACCCCCCCUCUCCGCCUGGGCUGUUUCUACAUGCUGGUCUUUGUACCUAUUACCUGCGCCCUGCUCCAGCUCACUGCCUGGUCUCGCUUCACGCUUCAUGGGCGCAAGCUACAAGGCAUCAAGACCCAGAGGCAAGGGACCCAACACGGCCACCUCAUCGAUGUCAAGGCUAUCUGAGCCAAACAGAGGAGGGUGAAGUUGCACGCAGACACUUUGAGGGGUUGGAGGCCAGUUGUGCAAUUUCUUCAGUCAUGGUUUAGUUGAGGAUUUGGGAUGAUAAACUGUUCCAACAUCCACACUCAAGGGCAACCUCAGCCAAACCUUGUGUGCAAGGAUAUAAACGCGUCCUGUGCCCAUGGAAGAAGCGGUCACACAACUCAUCACUUAGUGUGCAGCUAAACAUGGACAGUAGACUGAAAAGUCUCAGUGGGACAAAUCAUAAAAUGCCACUUUUUAAAAAAAAAAAAUGAAACCUGCCUUAUUUUGAUAUAUAGAACAAAUGACUUAUAUUUAUAUUAGAACUGAUGACCAAAAGAUCAAGUACAAACAAUCAAUCCUUUGGAACCAGAAGGACCAAGGCAACAAUUUUCAGAGCAAGGGCCAAAGAUGAAAUGAAAUCUUAUGUUUAUAUUGUUUGUAAAGCAUCGUUCUGGUGUAGGUCACAGUCUGAAUUCUCUUGCCUCAAAGUAAUCACGUGAUCACUAACAUCAAGCUGGUUCAUUAAGGAGAGAGGCAGCUAGUUUUUUGCCCAGUUGUGAUUUCUAAUGAUACAGAAGUUACAGAAAAACAUGAAGAAUAUGGAACAGAACACGUGUGUUUAAAAGUGGAGUUGAUACUGCAUGGAACUUGCACAAAAAUGGAUUCUUUCUCGUUUUACUGUUUCUUUAGAUUAAUGCAGAGUGACCAAUCCUUUUUUAUAUGCUAAGACGUGUAUUUUCAGACAUCUCUGGUAUUGACAGGUUUUUGCACAAGGCUGCCAUGUGUCUGUUGGACCGCUAGCAUCGUAUGAUUGUAGCCUUCACAGUACAGUAUUUAAGAUGGGUACUCAAAAAAUAUGCCCUUCACAAGGUUAUCAGUUCACUUUUGUAAUUGUCCACAUUAUACAAAGAAUGUUUGGUUUUACAAAUAAAUCGUAUCAAUGUCGGAAGCCAUCAACUUAAAAAAAAAGCAUUACUGCUGUGCCAUGACAUGUUUGUACCUCUUUCCUGUCAAUAAAAACAUUCCAUAACUUUUAA